CAGGAAACCGCUCUCUCUCUGAGCCGACAGGAAAAGAUCGGUUAUUUCCCGACGUUCGCACGAGCAUUCGGCGUCCUCAAGUGCUGUGAGGGCGUAUCUAUCCGAAUCUAUCUGGCUGACGUAAGAUGGGGAAGCUCGAAGAUCUCUUCAAGAAGAAGAAGAAAGGCACCAAGAUCACCAACCUCAACCAGGCUGACCCCAACCUCCUCGAAGCCAAGGGCGAGAUCGCACCAGCGGACGCCACAACAACGGGCGAAGAGGGCGCACCUGCCCCCGCACCCGCCGCCAAGGACGACAAGCCUGUCAAGAAGGAGGAGGAGGCGGCCAAGGACGAGUGGGACGAUGACGAGACAGCCCCGGUGGCCAACGAGGAGCUGGCGGCCAAGAUGAGCGACGCUCACAUCAAGGACAUCAAGCUCUCGGACGCACCGGAGAUCUCGAUAUGGGAGCUGCAGGCGCAGCAGAAGGCCGAGGAGGAGGCCAAGGCCGCCGCGGCCAAGCAGGAGGAGGAAGACAAGAAAAAGGCCGAGGAGGAGCAGGAGAAACACAAGACAGAUCAGCAGGAGGAGGAGCCUGCCGCCGCGAGCGAGCCUCCUCCACCCCCAGCACCGGCCAAGUACACGGCACCGGGUAUGCGUCGGAUUCAGCGUGAGAAGGAGAAGGGCCCGCCCAAGCCAGAGGAGUGGGGGCCAUCACUGUCCACCCUCUUGGAGCAGCAGAGGGAGGAGUCAGCGGCUCGGGCGGAGAAGGAGCCGACCGCCAGCAAGCCCAAGAAGCCCACCGAGCCCAAGGAGAAGAAGGUUCGCGAGCGGAUCAAGCUUGACCUGGGUGAGGACUCGCCCAAGGGCCCGACGAUCAAGGUGCUGGGUGUGGGAGGGGGGGAUGCCGGGCAGGAUCAGGGUGGGGUGCGGCGGAUCAUGAUGGACGACCAGGCCAGCAGGGACAAGUUCAAGGGCAGGUGCAAGAGACCCAAGAAGGAGCUGCCUGAGGCUGAAAUGAGGGACGACUGAUUGAUCGUGGGUGUGGGAUGCGUGGAUGAGUGAUCUGCAGGGGCUGUAUAGAGAUGAAUGCUGGAGGGGAGAGGGAUGGGGGGUCGUGACUCGUUGGUUGAGGGCGCGUGAGCGGAUCACGUCUGCGUGUGUUCUUCUUGUUUUGCCGAUCUGCCUCAUUUUAUCACUUUUGAGUGAGCAUCCCAAAUUGACCGCUGCAUGUCCCUGUGAGUGCCGCUCUUCAUUCACUGUCAAGGGACUCUGACAGUGUGCGUCCGUGUUUGUGUGCGUGGACCUCAUCAACCAGGUCAGGUUUUCAAUACACAUAUAUUCUUUAUUU